UAAUCCAGCUUUCUUUUGCAGAUUAUCUAGGAAAACUCGAUCGGAUAGAAAGACUCUCGCCGAUGGAUGCACAAAUGCAAGACGCGGAUGGUGGGCGGCCUGUGCAAGUGGUACUUGCCCAUCCAGAUCAUACCUUCGAAUUAGAUGAAGCUGCAUUGUCAGAAAUUCUCCUACAUGACGACGUGAAAGAUAGAAAUGUGGUUGUUGUAUCUGUUGCGGGUGCCUUCAGGAAAGGCAAAAGUUUCCUUCUUGACUUUUUUCUUCGUUACAUGAACAACAAAUACACGCUACACAACGAUACUGAUUCCUGGUUGGGUGCCGAGGACGAGCCACUAAGUGGUUUUUCAUGGAGGGGAGGUUCCGAAAGGGAUACCACGGGAAUAUUGAUGUGGUCGAAGGUUUAUCCUGCUACUUUGGCGAACGGUGAAGAGAUCGCUGUGAUUCUCAUGGACACUCAAGGCGCUUUCGACAGUCAAUCCACGGUGCGGGACUGCGCGACGGUGUUCGCGUUGAGUACGAUGCUGUCCUCCGUGCAAAUAUACAAUCUGUCGCAAAAUAUUCAAGAGGAUGAUCUUCAGCACCUGCAGUUGUUCACCGAGUACGGUAGACUGGCGCUGGAAAGCUCCGACAGCACGCCUUUCCAAAGAUUGCAAUUUUUAGUCAGAGACUGGGUUUAUCCGUACGAGGCCGAUUACGGUGCAAACGGCGGAAAGAAAUUACUCGACAAAAGACUGGAGAUUUCCGACAGGCAGCAUCCGGAAUUGCAGAGCUUGCGAAAGCACAUUAAGUCCUGCUUUUCGGACAUAUCGUGUUUUCUCAUGCCUCAUCCCGGUCUCGAGAUCGCAACGAAUCCGAUAUUCGACGGUAGAUUAUCCGAGAUACAGGCAGAGUUUAAAAACCAGUUGAAAGUGCUCAUACCGAUGAUACUGGCGCCGGAAAAUCUGGUGACCAAGAAGAUCAACGGUCAAGUCGUGAAAGCGAAAGAUCUGUUGGAAUAUUUCAAGAGUUACAUCAAUCUUUACAAGGGAGAUGAACUUCCCGAACCAAAAAGUAUGCUUGUGGCCACAGCAGAAGCUAACAAUUUAACCGCUGUAGCAGAAGCUAAGGAUUUAUACCUUCAGAUGAUGGAGACCGUGUGCGGUGGAUCAAAACCAUUUUUAGCGACCGCUCACUUAGAAUCCGAACAUCAACACUGUAUGAAUUCAGCUCUUCGUCAAUUCCAGAAUAAACGAAAGAUGGGCGGAGAAGAAUUCAGUCAAAUAUAUAUGGAAAAAUUGAUUAAGGACAUGGAUGACGCUUUCUUGCAAUUUAAGGCGCACAAUGAGAGCAAAAAUAUUUUUAAAGCAGCGCGAACGCCAGCAGUGUUCUUCGCAAUUGCCGUUACUAUGUACAUUUUAUCUGGAAUAUUUGGUCUUGUUGGUCUGUACACGUUAGCAAAUGUAUGUAAUCUUAUUAUGGGUAUUGGCCUCCUCACGCUUGUCUUGUGGGCAUAUAUAAGGUAUAGCGGAGAAUUCAGAGAAAUUGGAACACAAAUAGAUGACUUAGCCAGUACAAUAUGGGAAAAUUGUACUAAUGAAAAACGAUAUUUGAGAAAGUUCAUGAAGCCCGUCUACCAACAAUUUGUGGAGAAGUCCGUGUCUGUAGCAGUGGCUCAGGCUGCUGAAAUAGCGGUAACGAAUUCAACAUUGAACGCCACUGUCACUGCCAAUGGCAAGCCUAAAUUAUUAUAAUAUUCAUUCCCAUAAUAUCCCGAUUGUUCAAACAAAUCGAAAUAUUGCAUCCUUAUGUGUUAAUAUUAAGUGGCAUAACUAAAUUUUACAAUAUCGUUAUCUUUUGACGUACCGCCAUGAAUAGUUUUCUCUUUGUUUAAAACUGGAUUAAACAUUAUGGCUUGGAAGCACUAAUUUGAAAAUGACUGUGAAUGUAUAUACGAUGUAUUCUAAUUAUAAAUCAGCGUUAGAUUGAUGGCAACCGUGAUUACUAGUAUUGCCUAGUAUAUCCUUGGUAUGAAUGUUGUAAAAAUAAAAUCUUGUACUGGUGAAAAAUAUUAUUAUUGUAGCUUGACCUGAAAGUUUUAUCAUAGGGAUGUUAAUAUAUUUAAAGUUAUUACAAAUUAUUAAAAGGUAGAAAAAUGCAUUUGUGAAAAUAUUAAGAAACGUUAGGAAAUUAAGUCCUUAUGUAACAGCUCUUUUUGUUCAUUUCCAUUAAAUAUAUGAAGCUUUUUUGUUGUAUCUAUUACAUUCAAAAUGCAUUUUGCAGUAGAUUUUUUUGUUUUAAUAAGAAGGAUUUUGUUUUGCAUAGAUUAUGUCUCAAGAUUAUGUUCUUGUUAUUUUACGUCUUAUUUAUAUGCUUGGACUAACGAAGUUCAGAUUUUAUUUGUGCCAGAAAUGUGCUACAUGAGUUGUACUGGACUACUGUUUAAUAAAAAAAGAAAAAAGAAUGUA